AUCCGGGACCUGCAGUUAGUUUCACAUGUCGGUGGGUUCAGCUGUCAGGACUCUGCUGCAUGUGAAGAAGCUACGGCAGCUUGUCUGUACAACUACACCUUUCAGAAGAAGACAUGGCGUUGAUGGGAAUCCAGCUGGUGGUCAGUUUGCUGGCUGCCAGCAUUAUGCAGAGGAUGGCUCCACAUUACUCAUUUGCACGCUGGCUCCUUUGUAAUGGCAGUCUGUUCCGGUUCAAACACCCGUCAGAAGGAGAGCUGUGUGCGCUGGCAGGGAAGCAGAUGCCCAAACAGAACAGGAGAGACAGGAGACAGAACGGGGAGAGCAAGCCUCUCACUGUGCCCAAAGACAUCGACCUUCACCUGGAUCAAGCUCCAAUCAACGCCAUGGAUGCCCUUGUGCUGCGGUUUUUCCUGGAGUACCAGUGGCUGGUAGAUUUUGCAGUCUAUGCAACUGGUGUCUUCCUCUUCACCGAGUGUUACUACAGUGUGGUGGAUGCCAGCAAAGAAGUUAAUAUUGGAGCCAUCUGGUGUGUCUUGACCGUUCUCUUCAGUCUAAAGACCCUUCACACUCUGAUGAGCCACUACUUUCGCUCUGAAGAGGGCGGUGAGCGCUCGGUGUGCCUCGCCUUUGGCUUUCUGUCUCUGCUGGUGGCCAUGCUGGUGCUGGUGGUCAGAGAGGACUACCUGGAGUUCGGCUUGGAGUCUGGGUUUUCCAACCUCUUCGACAACAUGGAGAUCUUUGCCAAACAGCAUGGCUAUGCUGAGUGGUCAAUCCCAGUGACCAAGCUGACAGUGAAGCUCGGUCUGGCUGCUCUCUGCGCUUACAUCGGUUCUCUCCUGGCCUUCCCCGGACUGCGACUUGCUCAGACUCAUCUCGAUGCGGUACAGAUGAACUCAGGUCGUCCAUUCAUCCAGAUUCUGCUGCACAUGAGUUUCCUUUCUCCAGUGAUUGUUUUGGUUCUGUGGGUGAAACCUAUUGCGAGGGACUUCCUGGCAAACGCACCCAUGGGAAAGACCUCUGUCACACUAGUACCCAGUGCAGUAUUUGAUAGCGUGCGUCUUUGGAUCAUCGUGCUUCUGUGCGUGCUGCGGCUUGCACUGACCCGCUACCACAUGCAGGCCUACCUCAACCUGGCUCAGAAGUGGGUGGAGCAGAUGAAGAAGGAGGCGGGACGUAUCGCUGCCAUUGACAUUCAGAGAAAGGUCACACGUGUGUUUUGCUACCUGACUGUAGUUACUCUCCAAUAUCUGAUUCCUAUUCUGCUCGUCCUCUUCUCCACACUGGCCCUCAAAGCACUCGGGGACUUCUCCUGGGGGGCGGGCGCAGAGGAGACCCCUGGAGUGACACCAGCAUUGCUGGUGCCCACAGCGGCACCCGUGUUGCCCGGCAGUCUGGAUGAAGAUGAAGAGGGGAUGGAGGAUAUGGAGGAGGACAUCCAGGCCACAGUAGCCCACCUGUCAGAGACCUUCACAGCACUGCGGUCCGUCCUCACUCCGCUCUUCUUCCGAGGCUUCUUCGCCUUCCUCACCUGGUGGGUGGCUGCCUGCCAGGUGAUCAGCUCUCUGUUUGGCAUCUACUUCCACCAGUACCUCAUGAACAACUAACUGAGGAGUGCACUGGGGCUGCACAGGACGCAUUCAGACAACUGAGCUGAGAUUUCAUUAAAACACACAACUGCAGACAGAGUGCACCACCAGAAGUUUUGAUAAAGGUGUGUUGAGAGCGGACAGUUGAUGGGCACUGUCUGUUGCAAUAUUGGCCACCUUAUGGCUGUUAGUGACCAGCAGGGUUCUGGUAUCAAUAACACACAUGUACAGAGACAACAGGUCAUCUUCCACCUACUUCAGCAGAACCUUUUUUUCUGCAACCUUUCAAAUGUAUCUAUGCCAGUGUUACCUGAAUAGUUCUUCAUAGAACAUUGUUAAAUGCUGCAGUUAAGAUGUUUAAUUCAUACCAGGAUAGUACUAGUAUUAUUAUUAGUACUUUAUCCCUGUGUUGAUAAGACUUUUUAUUUUUGAAAGGGACUCUUUGUCACCCUUAAGGAACCGAUUCAAGAGUGCUAAAUGUUUUGUUUGUUUUUUUUUGUUUGUUUUUUCAGUUUUUCUGCUGUAACAUUUUGAUUGAAAGGAAGUCGUGAAGCUCAGAUCCAGCCAACUGACUGUGAAUCAUUCACAGCUGUGUUUGUGGCAGUGUACUAGUGUCUGAAAGCUGUCGUUAUUAUCGAAAGAGUUUCCGUCAGAAUUCCUAAGUGCCUGGGAGCUCAGGGAUUUUGAAUAAAUUUUGAAGUCUCCCUUCUCCCUUUUUUUUUUUUUUUUUUUGUGUGUGUGUAUGUGGAACGAGGAUUGGUCUCACUCUGUUAAAUAGAUGAAGUUAACGCUCCAAAUUCUUCUGUUUUGUUUUUUGUUUUUUUUAAAUUUCCAAACACUACUCACUGGCAACGUUUUUAGUUGCAGUGUCUUAAUUUGCAACAUGCGUUUUUAGUUUUUUGCUGUUUUAUCGCCAAUCAGUAAUAUACAUGUAUGAUCAAUCAAAGCCUAAUCAGUCUUGCGUGAGUGUAUUUUAUUUAUUUAUUUAUGAUGCAUUGCCUCAAAUAACUUUUGUUAUUUAGAAAUGAUACAGAUGCUGUAAACUGUACAUUUCUGUACUUUUAGAUUUUUGUGUGUUUUGUUUUAUUUGUUUGUUUUUUAGGUAGCGUAUUUGAAAUGAAUGCUCUGAUAUAAUACUGUGAAGUUAACAUGAAAAUGUUGCUUUUUGAGAUUUUCUGAAUGCAUGGUGUGCAAACUUUUGGCUGUAACCUGAACGUUUUUGUUUAUGUGGCUUAAUAAAAUAUGUAUUAUUUUCA